UAGCGAAAUCAAAAUGGCGGGUUGUCAAUGACAGUACUGACACUGGUACACAGAAAAUUGCGCGUAUAGCCUAUUUUAAACCCCCAACAUAUGGACUCGACAGCAUGACACUAUUAAUUAGAGUAUCCAGACAAAUUCAGAGGAAAUCUCUGCAAAGUACCUCACUGAACAGGCUUUUCUCGGAUAGUUCAGCUCUACGAAAAGGCCCCGAGUGUACAGAUGAGUGUAAAUGGUUGUGUGGAUCGUCCGAAGAAAUUUUGUCGGCAGUGCGCGGACAGGUCGAAGUCAGACAGAACUUCAUCAGCGAAGAAGAGGAGAACGCCCUGUUUAAAGAAGUAGAGGCAGGACUUAGGAAAAAGCGGUAUGAAUUUGACCACUGGGACGAUGCUAUCCACGGCUACAGGGAAACAGAGCGUCUGCAAUGGGGAGCUACAUCUGAAAGCAUUUUAAGGCGAGUGAGAACAGUUGCGUUUCCUGAAGGCAGUCCACUGCUUGGGCCAGUUCAUGUUCUGGACUUGGACAAAGAGGGCUACAUAAAACCCCAUAUCGACAGUGUGAAGUUCUGUGGAAGCACCAUUGCAGGGCUGAGCUUGUUGUCUGAUAGUAUUAUGCGACUGGUUCCAGAAAACAAUUCCACAGAUUGGGUGGAUUUGCUUCUGAGUCGGCGCUCACUUUAUAUAUUACGGGAUGAUGCAAGAUUUAAAUUCACCCAUGAAAUCCUGAAAGAGGAAGAGUCUUUUUUCUCUGGACAGAAGGUUCCACGUCAUCGCCGCAUCUCUGUGAUAUGCCGAAACCUGCCCGUGUAAAACAACCGAGGCUGGACUGAUCAUAGCACCUGUUUUGAAAACUGAAGAGACUUCUGUUGAUUCAUUCUUCCGUCAGUCAGAUGCAUUUUUCCUGGAAUAACCACAAAAGAAGACUGUCUGGGGGAGAACUAAUGCCUCUGGAGAAUUUAUGAAGGGAAGAGAUUAGAUUCAUGUAAUUUAUCAUAUAAAUGGAGUAUGAAAAAAGAUGAGGAGUCAACUACUAUGUACAACGUCAAUUUUGGCAUCCAUUAUUGACUUUCCUCUCAAAUAAUAAAUCAUUAUUGCAUAGAGGGCAUCGAAUUUUAGAUAAAAACAAACAGGUAUUUAUUUCAGAACAAAUUUAAUGUACUACAAAGGGGAAACGCCAGCAAAUGUGGUACCUUUUACAGUUUUUUUAAUCAGCACAAUGUUAAACCAGUUAAAAAAAAUCUAUGAGAACAAAUGAGUGU